AUACAACAUGGCUGACACGGAGUGUAGUCAAUUCGGUUUAUUAACUUUAAUUAACAAACACUUCAUCACAAGUUUUUGAAAUGGAGAUUCUUUUUCAAUUAGUGUUUAUUUUGACAACUCUAACGCACCAAUUGAUAAUUAUACGCGGAGCAGGUACAUAUGGUAGUUAUUUUAUUCUGGGGGUACCGAGAUACAGCUCAGCUACAGCGGAAUUUCAUCUGGUAACGAUGUCCCACGAGACUUUUCACGUCUCCUGUUUGAUAAAGAAAGUAGAACCACCUCUUUAUGAAGACAAGGUCUACCCAACUGAUUUGUAUUUAACAAGAAACAGAGUGGUUGUAAAAUCACUAGACAUUGCACUUAGCGAGAUUUACAGAUCGAUUGUAUUUGAAAACCCCAAGUAUGAAUACGAUUUCGCUGUUACGGUCCUGAUCAUCGAUAAACGGACUGGCUACUGGAUCGAUUCCAUGCUGGCUCUACCCGUGACAUCUUUCAAUACAUUAUUUUAUCUCCCUUGGUUCGGGAACUACGCAAGACAACUCCUAGUCAUGUCUGCUUCGACCUAUGUUUACAACUUCAUCACUCUUUAUCUCUACAACAAGAAUAAUGGGUAUUAUGAAUCGACAGAUAAAAAGGAGCCUAGACGGGAAGAAUUUGCAACUUUUGAUUUUGGAAGUUGUGGUAAUGAUUCAUAUUUAAAAGAUGACGAUGAUGGCGGAGCGUUUCUAGCGUCGCAAGGAGCCUUUGGAGUGAUUAUUGUGACUUGUGAGAACAACUUUCAUUUCAAUUGUGAAUUAGAAAAAACGAAUUACCCUUUUAUAGAGAGCGGCUACUAUGUAGAUUAUGAUAAUAAUAUUCCGAUGGAAUUUGUGGUCUUUAGUAGGAUUACAAUGGCGAAAAUGGAGUCAACAACUCUCCAUGAUGAGUUAAUUAUAGCUGUCGUAUGGGCUCUUAACACUAAAAUUGUAAUCAAUGGAGAACAAACACUGUACCUCAAGAAUAGUGAAAGCAGAAAGAUUGUUUUAGAUUUUGAUUACCCAUUACACAUAAAAACUGACAGCCGUGUGUCCUGCUACUAUAUAGGAAGGGGCAAGGAUUGUACGUCAAGCAUGGCUUUAGCUUGGCUGGUUCCUGUUCAAUUAUUCUACUUUAGCUACGCUUUCAGUGUACCAUUGCCCAGUAAUUCAAGUGUGGGACCCAUGAGAAUUUUUCUGAUUAUGAUUGCUGAAAAAGACACAUAUUCCGAUAUUUUAGUUGACGACGUGCGCGCAUUAAGCUACAAAGCUAUAGUGUCUGAUGUGAGUACAACCACGUACCAAGUGAGGUAUUUGCAAAUCUCACCCGGCUGGCAUUCAGCUUACUCGACCAAUCACGACAACUUCGGCCUCUACUUGUAUGGCUGGAAAGAUGGCGGCACAUUCCUACAUACUGUGGGUUAUGUAGUCAAAGACGAGUCGUGCAAGUUCGACAACUUUGCUAUGGCUUAUAGACCUAUUAAGCCAGGGGACAGAUUAGACAAUGACUGUGAUAAGAGAGUGGACGAAGAUCUUCCAGGUGAAGACCAAGACGGAGAUAAUAAGAUAGGAGAGGAUAUAUCAAGAGGAAGGGAAGAGGACGGAGGAUGGGGUGAAUGGAGUGAAUUUAUCUGUUUAGGGUGUGAGGAAACAUUUUCGAAGAGAAGUCGAUUGUGUGAAAACCCAGCGCCAGAAUACGAAGGGAUGAGAUGUAUGGGAUAUGAGGAAGAGAGUAACAAUGAGAAAUGUCGUGUCUGUAGGAUGACGCCUUGCCCGUUUGGAAAGUAUGGACGCUACUGUGAGAAUACAUGUGGGCAUUGUGCCGGAGCUUGUAACCUAAUCACAGGAAAGUGCCUGUCGUGUUUAGAUGGGUGGACGGGAGAAAAAUGUACAACACCUUGCCCUGAAAUGACCUACGGUCUCGCGUGUAAACAUUCAUGUUUCGAGAAGUGUAAUGGACGAGACUGCAUUGAACGAGUGCAAGGAAUAUGUCCUGCAAUAUACGAUGUGGGUUUAUCAGCUGUUGUGUACUACAUAUUCCUCGUUCUGCUUUUGGGGACCUUGUAUGGUUUCUGUAUGAGUAGGCUACACUUGGAGAAGAAGCCAGAUGUUGUUGUGACAGUAAAGCGUGUGUCUUCUAAAGAAUACACAGUCACUGAACAAAUUAUGACGGAUAAAUAAAAGCAGUAGUCAUUCGUGACAUUUCAU